AUGAAGAAGAAAUUUGAUGACCAAUUUGCAAAAUUCCUGGAUGUCUUCAAGAAAAUCCACAUCAACAUUCCCUUUGCAGAAGCUUUGGCCCAAAUGCCUAAUUACGCCAAAUUCUUGAAGGAAGUGAUGUCAAAUAAGAAGAUGCUGAAGGAGUUCGAGACAAUUAAGCUAACAGAGGGGUGUAGUCACAUACUUCAGAAGCUCCCUCACAAAUUGAAAGAUCCGGGUAGCUUCAACAUCCCGUGCAGUAUUGGUGGUAUCACAUUUGAUAGGGCACUGUGCGACCUUGGAGCUAGUAUAAACCUGAUGCCCCUAUCAGUAUUCAAAAAGCUGGGUCUUGGAGAAGUGAAGCCCACAACCCUCACUUUGCAACUGGCGAACAGAUCGAUCACAUAUCCCAAAGGCAUGAUUGAAGAUGUAUUGGUGAAGGUCGAUAAGUUCAUCCUUCCUUUGGACUUUGUGGUGUUGGACAUGGAGGAGAACGACAAAAUACCGUUGAUUCUUGGUCGACCUUUCCUAGCUACUGAAAGAGCAUUGAUUGAUGUCCAGGAAGGAAAAUUGACACUGCGGGUUAAUGAAGAGCAUGUGACUUUCAACAUCCAUCAAGUAGAAAAGCCUCAAGAAAAAGUCAGCAUUUGCAAUAUGACCAAUCGGCUGAAGCAGUUUUAG